GGCAUAAGCAUCUCAAAUGGUCUGACAUGUACUUCUACAACAAUCAACGAAAAAAAAUAAUUUUUGUAUCAGAAUUCACAUAACGAUUAAACAACGGAUACCAUCGAGGAUACACAAUAAUGACGUCACAGCAAUUUUCUGCCAAUUGCUUUAGAGGGUGAAAACAUGCGCCGUUGCCAUCGAUCGAAAUGCGGGGAUAUACGAAUGUGUUAUUGCACUGUUUGUACAACGGGGGGUUGAAAAGCUACACUCGAAUCCCGGCAGAUUGAUAUUACCUUUGCUGCAACCAGGUCGAGUUGGUCCACUCGACAGUGCAGAUAAAAAAAAUAUUUUUUUUAUCUUGGACGGUAGCCCUCCAUUUUGACAACCAAAUAAAAUUUUCAUUUUUCAAUAACUAAACAAUCGAACAGUAAUAUCAUACGAGUGGAAGCGUACAACGGCAAAUAAUUGAGAAAACAAAUUUUAAAAUUCGGAAAAUUCGGCCGUUCGAAAAAAAAAAUUGUUUUUGAUUCGGUGUGACGAUAUUGUGGAUUACAUAACAGUGAAAAAUCGUUGAAACGAGAGCGAAAAAAUUUCAUUGAAUCGGAACAUUUUUGGUGGUACAUUUUCCAAAUUUAUUUAUUGAAUAACGCAAAUAGGACCGUGGCGUCAUCGGAAGGUCCUAGUGGUGGUGAAUCCGCCCUGUUUUCGAAAUUAGGUGGUGCCUUUUUCGGUGGUCCUAAUUCACCCCAAAAGGUUAUUGCCAACGUACGCGGAAUACUCGCCAAUCGUUUGACUGGAGCUAUCCCAGAUACAGGUUGCCUUCUUGGACCAACAAAGUCACUGACCAACAACCACACUUAAGAACUCGAAGAGCUACACAAAUAAUUUAAAAACAAAAAACCAAAACCAUGGAGACAAUGCCUUAAAUAUCGCAAACAAACGAAUCGCAUCAUCUGUUUCCAGAACAGAGCCGAAAAAACUUUACUACGGACAAUGCCUGCGCAUCAACAGCACUAACUACUGCUUGAGUGAACAUCCGCUCAGUAUUAUCAAAGGUAAUAAGUGUUAACGAAAACCAAAAAAACAAAAACAACCAUGUCAUUUCAAGUACCAUUGAUCAACCUCGAAUUUAACGAGGUUAAAGAGAUAUUAUGGACCAAAAUUCAAGAGCCACAGAACCAACGGAAACUGAUUUUGGUCAUUGUAUCCAUUGCUCUGCUAUUGGACAAUAUGUUGUACAUGGUCAUUGUGCCGAUUAUCCCCGAUUAUCUGAGGGAAAUUGGUACAUGGGGUGAUCCGGGUAAUAUAACCCUUACCGUUGGACAGCCUAGAGAUCAUCAUGGCCAGGAUUCUGCCACUGGAUUUCUAUUCGCAUCGAAAGCUAUUGUGCAACUAAUGGUGAAUCCAUUCUCCGGAGCUUUAAUUGACAAGAUCGGCUAUGAUAUACCUAUGAUGAUUGGUUUGACGAUUAUGUUUUUCUCAACGGCCGUCUUUGCUUGCGGAAAAAGUUACAGCGUUCUGUUUUUCGCACGGUCACUUCAAGGAGCUGGUUCAGCGUUUGCUGAUACAUCCGGAUUGGCUAUGAUUGCUGAUAGAUUUACGGAAGAGAACGAGCGGUCCAGAGCUUUGGGCAUUGCACUGGCUUUUAUCAGUUUUGGAUGCCUGGUUGCACCUCCAUUCGGUGGCGCGUUGUACCAAUUUGCUGGAAAGGAGGUGCCAUUUCUGAUACUGGCUUUUGUGUGUUUAUUGGACGGUCUGAUGUUAUUGCUGGUGAUGAAACCAAUAGCAGAACAAUUACGAGCUAGUAGUGAACAGAAGGCUCCGUCGAUACCAAUUUGGAAAUUGCUGAUGGAUCCCUACAUCGCAGUAUGCGCUGGGGCUUUGAUGAUGUCAAAUGUUGCAUUAGCGUUCCUAGAACCGACCAUAUCGCUAUGGAUGGAGGACUAUAUUACAACAGACAAUUGGAAGAUUGGUAUGAUCUGGUUGCCAGCAUUUUUCCCGCACGUUUUUGGCGUAGUACUAACUGUCAAAAUGGCACGGAAAUAUCCACAACAUCAAUGGCUGAUGGCUGCGUGUGGAUUGGGGCUAGAAGGUUUUUGUUGCUUCUUAAUUCCACUGUCAACAACAUAUCAAAUGUUAAUGAUUCCCAUCUGUGGAAUAUGUUUUGGAAUUGCACUUAUUGAUACAGCACUGUUGCCGACACUUGGCUACCUAGUAGAUGUUAGAUACGUAUCCGUAUAUGGCAGUAUAUAUGCCAUUGCUGAUAUUUCAUAUUCAGUUGCCUACGCCGUGGGUCCGAUUAUAGCUGGCGGUGUUGUCGAAGCUAUUGGUUUUACUGCCUUAAAUAUUGGAAUAGCAUUUUCAAAUAUACUCUACGCACCAGUGCUGAUAUAUCUGAAACACAUUUACGACUUUAAACCAUUCGAAAGCGAAGCAAAUAUUCUAAUGGCCGAUCCGCCGAACAAAGAAUACCAAACAUAUUCCAUGCAAGAUCAACGCCUUGUCGAUGGCAAUUUGAAAAAUCACCUCGAAUAUCAGAAUUACCAGAACGAUACUGGUGGCAUUCAGGAAUCGAAUGUGGACCAAGACAAUGGGUAUGCGGCACAAUAUGACGGAUACCAGCAGCAACAACAGUAUCAGCCAGGUUAUCAAGAACAAGGCGGAACUUAUCAACAACAGCAGCAGUAUGUACCACCGCCAAGGCCGGCACCUCCACAACAACAAAAUCAAUUACAUCAAAGGCAGCUUCCGCAACAGCCGGCAAAUCCAUUCCGCCAGGCAGAACAGCAACAACAACAGCAGCAGCAGCAGCAGCAACAACAACAACAGCAGCAGCAGCAGCAACCACCGGCGCCGAGUAGUAGAGUUUCGAAUCCAUUUAGACAAGGAAUGUAAAUUUGUUGAAUAUGACUUAGGUGUUACAAAAUGUUUAUUUAAAAUAUACUUCGUUAGUAAUCAAAUUUUCGAGCGAUAUGAAUGCAUUCCAAUUGUGGUGUCUAUAACAUAAUUUAUUGGAAAGAAUUUUAUUUAUUUUAUUUCUCUUGAACGUACUUCCUUUAAAAUCCCCUUGAACCAAUUUAAAUUGUUAACUUAUCAAGAUAGAUUUUAUGAAAAUGUGAAAAAUUUGUUACAGUUUUGUUAUUAUAAACAUUGUGCUUAUCGUUUGAUAUUCAUAUUUUAUGGUUAUUAAAUAUUUAUGAAGUUACAACUUGAAACUAUAAAAAAAACCAAAAGAAAAAUCAAGAAGAAAAUAGAAAACAAAACGAAAGUACUAAAUUAGAGAUGUUGUGCGGUGUACUCAACACAGCAAAAUGUAUGUGUACACUAACAACAAAUAUAAUUAUACAACUUUACUUAAUGUUAUCUUUCUUAUUGUAUUUAGAGAAGAAAUGCAAGCUAAAAAAAUAAAUUUAUCAAAAACAUAAAAUUAUAUAAACUUUGAAUGUUGUAUUGAUCAUUUCGUAAAUCUUAUAUAUGGUUCUCAUACCGAAACGUUAGGCUAAUUGUUUUAUUUUUUAAUAAACCAACCAAUUUUGGACUGUAAUUCGGGUGGAUUUUUCCCCCUCGCUACCAAUUAAUUUUAAAUUAAAACCAAAAUUCAACGAUCAAGGAAAAUUAAAA